AUGAGAUGUUUGAUAUUCAUUAUAUUGUUUAUUUCUUCUUUAAAAUGUAAACUAAUAAGAAAAUAUUCCUAUAUUAAGUCUAUUCCUAAUUAUGUAAAAAUUACUAGAAAUGGAAAAACAAAUAAAAAAAUAUAUAAUACAAAUGAUCUUUUUGAAUUUUUCACAACUUUAAAUGAACAACAGGAAGAAAAAUAUAAAGAAGAAAAAAAAAAAAAAAAAAAUAAUUCUGUUACAUAUAUACAAAAAUUACCUAAAAAGAAAAUUUUACUAAAAAGAUGGAAAUAUGAUUUAUUUGAUAAAAUUAAAGAAAAAAUGAAAGAAGAGGAAGAAUUAAAGAGAAAAACAAAAUUAUGCAGACAUAAAUAUAAAUUACCUAUUGAUUUUUACAAAUUAGGUGAUGAAUUAAAAGGGAAGAUCGUUCAUGUAGAAAAUCACUUAAUUAAACUAGAUAUUAAUUCAAUACACUUUGCUCACUUAUAUAUUAAAAGAUAUUUUAAUGAUAAAGCGCAAAUAAAAAAAAAAUAUGAAAUAGGAAAAUAUAUUGAUGUGGUUAUAUGUUAUAUUCAUAGAAAAAACAAAAUUAUACAAGUUACAGAUAAUGAAGAAGAAAUAAAAAUUUUGAAAAAGAAUUUGCAAAAAUUUUACAACAGUUGUAAUCUAAAAGAAGUAGUAGGAGAAGAGGGAAAAGAUAAAAUAAAAGAAGAAAUGAAAGAAGAAAUGAAAGAAGAAAUGAAAGAAGAAAUGAAAGAAAAUAUAAAAGAAGAAAUGAAAGAAGAAAUGAAAGAAGAAAUGAUAGAAGAAAUGAAAGAAGAAAUGAAAGAAGAAAUGAUAGAAGAAAUGAAAGAAGAAAUAAAAGAAGAAAAUGAAUCAGAAAAUAAAUGUAAAGAUGAUGAAUAUGAAUACAAAGAUAAAUACAAUGAGAGAAAUAAUUGUGAGGACAAUUAUAAAUAUAAAACAAAUUACGAUUACAAAUUAGAAAAAACAUUUGAAGAUAAAGGUAUAUUAAAAAAUAAAUAUGAAAGCACAAAGGAACAAGAAAAUAUAAAAAACAGAAAAGUUAAUAUAUUAAAAUGUGAUGAUAAGUUAAAAAAUAAAAAGGAGGAGGAAACAGUUAAAUUAGACAAAAGUUUAAAAAAUAAUAUUGGAGAAAUUAAAAAUGAUUUAGGAUUGAAGUUUGGAAUAAAUAAUGAUACAAAUGAUUUAAUGUAUAUUAAGGAAGAAAAAAAAAAUGUCAAAUUAAAGAAAAUAACUGAUUAUAAGAUUGAAGAUGAAGUAAGUGGAGUUGUAAAAUUCAUCAAUGAAGAGGGUGCUUAUUUAGAUAUUGGUUGUAAAACUCUUGCAUUUUUAAAUUUAGGACAUUAUAAUAAAGAUCCUAAGUGUUUUUUUAAUAAUGCAAAAAAAAAAAAGAUAGAAAUUAAUGAUCAUUUUAAAAAUUUGAAAAUCAGAAAAAUUGAUAUAUUAAAUAACAGAAUAGAAGUUAGCUUUUAUAAUAUACAAGAAGAGGCUUGCUUAAGAAUUUUAAAUCAACAAGAGACAUUAAAAGAACAAAAUAAAUAUAUUCCUUGUUCAUCUUUUAUAACUCAAAAUUAUCAUAUGAUUAAUUAUAUUAAAAAAUACAACGAAUUAAAAAAAAAAAAAAAAAAUGUACAUAACUUAUUUGAAAAGAAUAAACAAUUAGAUGAAAUGAAAAAUACAAAACAUUUAAAAAAAAGUGAAUUUACUCCAUUUAUUUUAAAAUUUAAUGAACUUAGUUCACCUAACAGUAACUAUGAAGAAAUGUUUGAGCAUAAUGCAAAUAAUGAACAAUUUUUUGAAGAAAUUGGUGCAACAUCUAGCAAAGGAGAUGAUGAUAUUAGUUUUGAAUUCUUCAAAAAAAAAAAUAAAACAUUAAAAGAAGAAAUUGAAAAUUACAGAAAACAAAUUAUAGGUGAAAAAGAAGAUGAUCAAGCAAAAAUAUCAACUACAAAAAAUAAACUUCAACAUAAUAUAGACAAUUUACAUAAAGAAAAUACUUUUGAUUUUGAUUUAUUAUCCACGAAUUUUAAAAAUUUUGAGGAAACUAAAGAAUAUGAAGAAGAUACAGAUUACAUAAAUAAUAAUAAUCAUUUUCAAGAUGUAUAUAAUAUGAAGAAUACUGUAAAUAGUAGUAAUUUAGAAGAAGAAAAUAUACCUACUCUAUUAUACCUUAAAAAAAAUUUAGCUAAUAUAAAAAAGGAUGUUAUUAGUCAACAUAAUAAGAAUAAUACAAAUAAUAUUAAUGACAAAAAAAAAAAUAAAAUUCAUCACAAAAUUGAACAGAAAUUGGGAAUUUUAAAAAAUGAUGAAAUUAAAGAUAAUUAUUACAAGAAUAUUGAAAAAAAACAUAAUUUUGACAAAAAUGAAAAUGGAAAAUUAAAAGAUGAUUUUCAUGAAUAUGAAUUUGAUGAAAAUGAAUAUGAAUAUGAAGAUGAAAAUGAAAAUGAAGAUGAAAAUGAAUAUGAGGAUGAAAAUGAAGAUGAAAAUGAUGAUGAAAAUGAAGAUGAAAAUGAAGAUGAAAAUGAAUAUGAGGAUGAAGGUGAAAAUGAAGGGGAAGAUAAAGAUGAAAGUAAUGAAAUGAAAGAUAUUUUAGAUUUGCAUAAAAACAAGAAAAAAGAAAAUUCUUACAAAAAUGAAGAAAUGAUAGAUAAUAUUCUGAAAAAAAAUGAAGAAAAUAAUCUCUUGGAAGAUCAUGAAAUAGACGGAAAUAAUCAAGAUGAAAAUGAUUCAUAUUUUAAUGUAAGAAAAAAUUUGAAAUAUAUUUUAAGUAAAGAUAUAAAUUUAAAUUUAAUGGAUGAUGAUGAAAAAUGCUUAGAAGAAGCAUCAAAACUAUUUGGUGAAGAUAUCAAAACAUGGGAAGAAAAAAUGUAUUAUUAUUUUGGAAGUAAAGAAAGUAUAAUGUUGGAUAAUGUAGAAAUUUAUGAUGAUGAAGAAUUCAAAAAUAGUUUAUUGAAUAAAAAUUUAGAUGAUUUUAAUGAAUAUGAUAAACUUUUAGAUUCAGAAAAUUUUGAUAUAUUUAAUGAAAACAAUUUUUUAGGUGCAAAAUAUGAUGCUAAUAAUAUUAAUGAAAAUACUAAAAAAGUUACAAAUGAAAAAGUGAAUGAAAGAAAUUACAAUGAAGAAAAAAAUAUUACUGAUAUUUCUAAUAAUAUAGAAUGUAAAGAAAACAAUUAUAAUGAUAAUAUAGAAAAUUAUAUUAAUACUUUUAUAAAUUGUGAAAAAGAAACAAAUGAACAAACUACAUAUGUAGAUUCUCCUAAAGAAAUUACAAACUCUAAAAAAAAAAAAAAAAAAGAAAAGCAAGAUAUUUUAAAUAAAACUAUGAAUAAAAAUUUAAUUGAAGAAAAUAAUGUUCUUAAAAAAAAUUUAUAUAGUACAGAGAAAGUAAUACAAAAAAAAUGCAUAAGCGAUUUUAAUGAGAAUAAUAAAGAAAUGGUAAACAAAAAAGAAGUGAAAAUAAAAAGUGAUGAACUUUCGAAUUCUUUAAAUAAAAAUGAAAUAAAUGUUGAUGAAAUUAUAAAUAAAGCUAUAAAUAUAGGUAAUAUUUUACAAAAAAAUAGACUAGAAAAAUUAUUAAAAAAAAAGAACAAUGUAAAUGAUAACAGUGAUAAUAUCAGUAAUGUAAAAAAUAUCAAUUUUUUAAAAAUAAAUAAAAUUACAACGAAAAACAAAAAUAUGAAUAUAACAAACCCUAAGGAAAAUGAAGAAAAUAAUGAACAUUAUGAAGAAUAUUAUGAAAAAAAGGAAAAUAAAAAAAAUGAUGAUCUAGAAGCAUAUAAAUAUGCAUCAUAUGAAGUACAAGGAUAUUAUAAAAGGAAGAGAAACAAAAAAAUGAUAGAAUUGGAUGACUUGGAAGAAAUAAAAUCAGAAAAAAGUGAAGACAUUUUAUUAAAUGAUGAAGAUAUAAUAAAUAAAGAUGAUGAAUCUUAUAAGAAGGAAAAGAAAGAAGGUACAGAAUAUAUAGAGGAUAAGAAUGACUUUAUAAAUUUGGAUAAUAAAAAAGAUUUUUUCCUUUUAUAUGGAGGGAAUGAUAAUAUUAUUGAAAAUAAUUUUUUAGAGAAAAUCUUAGAAGAUGAAAAAAAUUCCAACAAAGAUAAAAGUAAAGAUAUAGAUUUUUUAAUAAAAAGUUACAGAUAUGCUAAUAUUUACCCAGAUAAAUGGAUUAACGAUUUUUAUAAAAAAAAAGAAAGUACUACUGCUAUAAAUAAUGAAAUUAUGAAUGUAAAAAAAUUAACACAUGAGCAUGAUCAUUUGAAGGAAUUAAACACAUUUAAUGAAAAAAACAUAAAUGAAUUGGAAUCAUAUGAAAAAACUGAAAAUCAUAAUAAAAUCAACUUAAAAAACAAUAUGGAAUAUUUGCUAAGUACUAUGACAAAUGAAAGCUUUCUUUUAAAAGAGUUAUCGUUAAAAUUAGGAUUAAUUAAAAAAAGUGAUAUGAAUUUAAAUGAUCAAGAAUUAAUUAAUAUUUUUCUUAAAAAUGUAAAAUUUAAAAGAGCUUUAAAAUUUUACGGUAUAAACACAAAAAAUAUAAGCAUUUCUGUCAUUUAUAAAAUAACCAAAUUAUUAUAUUUUGAAAGGCCUUUUCCUAGAAAAGAAAAAAAUCAUAAAUUAAAUUUAAAUUAA